AUGCUCAAAGCGCGCCCCCUUCAGCACAGGCAGUGGUGCGGCCCGGCAUUGCCCAGCAGCCUCCGCCGCCGCCGCCGUAGUUAAGGCCGCGGUGUUUGUCGCGCCGCCUCCCCCCAUUGUUGAAGCGAAAGUGGUAGAGGCCGCUAUUGCUCAGGAAAGCCGCUCGGAACCAGCCGCUGCCGUCUUGUGUUCCCCGUUCUCGCCUCGCCUUGCCUGGGCCGGUGUAUGAGUGAUUCAUAACCGCGAGCCCGCCAUGUCCACGCCCGCCCGGAGGCGCCUCAUGCGGGACUUUAAGAGGCUACAGGAGGACCCCCCGGCUGGAGUCAGCGGGGCCCCCUCGGAGAACAACAUCAUGGUGUGGAACGCGGUCAUCUUCGGGCCUGAGGGAACCCCGUUUGAAGAUGGAACUUUCAAGCUUACCAUAGAAUUCACAGAAGAAUAUCCAAACAAGCCGCCUACUGUUAGAUUUGUGUCUAAAAUGUUUCAUCCAAAUGUCUAUGCAGAUGGUAGUAUAUGUCUGGAUAUUCUUCAGAACCGUUGGAGUCCUACCUAUGAUGUAUCGUCCAUCUUAACAUCCAUACAGUCUUUACUGGAUGAGCCUAACCCAAACAGUCCAGCAAACAGCCAGGCAGCUCAACUAUACCAAGAGAAUAAGCGGGAAUACGAAAAACGGGUUUCUGCAAUAGUAGAACAGAGCUGGCGUGACUGUUGACCUUGGAUGGUGCAAAUGAACACUCUGAUGAGGAAAAUAUAUGUAUGAAGUGUCUGAGUCGUCAUCCUGCUCCUCCUAGCAUCACUGCAUUUACUUUGAGAGCAAAAUAGCUGUUGUGCUGUUGCCACCCACCCUUGCUGAAGCUUCUUUCUCCUUGGACAUCAGAAAGCACCCCCUCCCCUUUCCCCUUGAGGUCAAAAUGUACUGUACUUGGGUUACUUGUAAAAGAAUGGCUGAGGCUGAAUCCCACUCUCUGUGGUCUACCAUCUCCAGUCUUAAGGCGGCAUUGUGCAUUUCUGUAGUGUACACUAAGCUUUUAAUUGUAAUUGUGUUAUACACAGUGAUGCUUAUGUGUAGCUUGAUUUAAAAAAAAGGGAUGUUUAUAUACAAUAUACAUUUUUAACUAUGACUCAAGUGCUGAUCUGUCCAGGCUGGUCAUUUAACUGCUGGUAUCAACUUCACUGCACCUGUAAGCAUUGUGUGAAGGACUUAACUGUCUCUGCUGCUUCCCAUACUUCUUGUGGGUGGGGUUUCUGUUAAGCAGGAUUUUGGCUUUGCAAAUUAAAAUUCCGUCUCAAGCUCAUUAAAAGAAUGGAAGGGAAAGGGGGUUGCUGCCUGCUUCUGUGGGUUGUGUCUGUAUAGUGCAAUGAUGCAUUUGAGGUUAAAUGCUAUGUAUCCUUCCUGUAGGACUCCUAAAAAUAUCAAAACUGCAUAGUAGCUCUCACAACCUCCAGGUAUAGCUAUGGGCAAGGGACAGGAGCUGACAAUUACUUGGCUGAUGGUAAAAGGAUAAAGUUUAAAAAAAGCUUAAAAAUCCACUUUCCUUCUAUGAUUUUAAUCUCUACCUCUUCUGCUGGAGAAGAUAACCAGAGGCUAGAAUUUUGCUUUGCUGGAAAAAGUAAGAUCACAAGUGUCACUAGUGCAUGCCUCAUUCUUCUCUUCCCCUCAGUUCUACAAAGUUCCGCCUUUGCAAAAGCGUUUUUGUAAAGCUCCAUUUGUACAUUUUGGGUACCUUAAGCAGCAGUGUGGAAGGAGACUGAUCAGUGUAUUUGUCUGCUCUUCCAGUGUCUUCUGCAUAUACAUGGAUCUGUUGAGUACAACUUUGCACAAGUAACCCAUGUAAGAAACUGUACAUUUUUCAAUUACUUGUAAAUAAAUGUGUGACCUUAA